AUGUCCGCCCUUGAACUCGUUAAGCAAUAUUCACAGACUGCCCUCGCGCAGCUCCCCGGCCCUGCGCAGGCGCUUCUGGCCAAGCCGCUCACCCAGAAGGCGCUGGCCGUCCUGUUGGCUUUGGGUGUUUUGCGCUCUCUCAACAGCUCCCUGUCGCAAUGGACUUUGAACAACUGGACUAGCAACCAGCGCUGGCAGCCCGCGCACGAGAUCAUUCUCCUGACCGGUGGUUGCAGCGGCAUCGGCAAGCAGGUCAUGGAAGACCUGGCGAAGACGGGCGUGCGCGUAGUCAUUCUCGACAUCAACGAGCCCAACUUUAAGCUUCCCGCCAAUGUCUCCUUCUACCGCGCCGAUAUCACCUCCUCUGCCAACAUCGCCGAGGUCGCAAAGGCCAUCCGCAGCGACCACGGUGAGCCUACCGUCCUCAUCAACAAUGCCGGUGUUGGUCACGACGGUACUAUUCUCGAAGAGCCCGAAGCCAAGAUCCGCCAGACUUUCGAGGUCAACACCAUCUCGCACUUCCUCAUGGUCAAGGAGUUCCUUCCGGCCAUGAUCAAGGCCAACCACGGCCACAUCGUGACCAUCGCCAGUAUGGCCAGUUUUGUCGGAAUUGGUGAAAUGGCCGAUUACUGCGGUUCCAAGGCUAGUGCUCUGGCCUUCCACGAGAGUCUGCGCCAGGAGCUGAAAACUUGGUACAACGCCCCCGCCGUCCGAACCAGCAUCAUCCACCCAAUGUGGGUUCGCACUCCCAUGAUCAAGCUCCUGACCGAUCACGAGUCCCACUUCCGUCAGCCCAUCAUGACCGUCCAGACCGUUUCGGACGCUAUCUGCAAGCAGAUCCUCACCCAGAACAGUGGCCAGGUGAUCCUGCCCAAGAGCCAGACGGCUGCUAGCUUGGUGCGCGCUAUGCCUACCUGGAUGCAGGAGGGUAUUCGCACGAUUGCCUCGGGAUCGCUGCGGAGACUGCGCGAUGUGCAGAAGCAGGGCUUGUAA